UAUAGCUCUUCUCCAACGGGAUGAGGGAGUCUGAGCAAAGACAAGUAACUCUAAGAAUUAAUGCUUCAGAGGAAGCUGCACUGAUGGAGCUCCUGAAUUUUAUGUAUAGCAAUACAUUGACCACUGAUACAGCGCCUGCUUUGUUGGAUGUACUCAUGGCUGCCGACAAGUUUGAAGUUGCUUCUUGCAUGCGGUAUUGCAGCCGGCAACUGCGUAAUUUACCAAUGACUCCAGAGUCCGCUUUGCUAUAUUUGGAGCUUCCUUCUAGCGUCCUGAUGGCUGAAGCAGUUCAGCCCUUGACUGAUGCCGCAGAACAAUUCCUAGCUGCAAGAUACAAAGAUAUUACCAAGUUUCAGGAUGAGGUUAUGAAGUUGCCUCUUGCUGGAGUGGAGGCUAUUUUGUCCAGUGAUGACCUCCAGGUAGCAUCAGAGGAUGCAGUGUACGACUUUGUGUUGAAGUGGACAAGGGCUCAUUAUCCGCAGUUUGAGGAACGGCGAGAAAUCCUUGGUUCACGACUUGGUCGUUGCAUCCGUUUUCCUUUCAUGAGCUGUCGAAAGCUUCGGAAGGUUCUGGCAUGUAAUGACUUUGAUCAGGAAUUUGUAUCCAAGCUUGUUCUUGAAGCCCUCUUUUAUAAAGCUGAGGCCCCUCAUCGUCAGCGAAACCAAGCUGCGGAAGAAUCAUCAUCACCUAGUCGUCGUUUUGUGGAGCGUGCUUACAAGUAUCGACCUGUCAAGGUGGUUGAUUUUGAACUUCCACGGCAACAAUGUGUAGUCUACGUGGAUCUUAAGCAGGAGGAAUGUGCUAGCCUCUUCCCUUCAGGAAGAGUGUAUUCUCAAGCAUUUCAUUUAGGGGGACAAGGUUUUUUCCUGUCUGCACAUUGCAACAUGGAUCAGCAAAGCUCUUUCCAUUGUUUUGGUCUCUUUCUGGGUAUGCAGGAAAAGGGAUCUGUGACUUUUGCUGUUGAUUACGAAUUUGCAGCAAGAACAAAACCAGGGGAGGAGUAUGUCAGCAAAUACAAAGGUAACUACACUUUUACGGGGGGCAAGGCAGUUGGCUACCGCAAUCUAUUUGCGAUACCAUGGCCAUCUUUCAUCGCUGAGGACAGUCCAUAUUUUAUUAACGGUAUGCUCCAUCUCAGGGCUGAACUUACUAUCAGGAAUUGAUUCCUUGCUCCCACAAUGUACAAUUAAUAUUGUUGUUUUUGCUUCUCGGAUGAGUUCAACACCCAAUGUUUCUUGGUUUGAUAAAACAAAGGCGGCAAGGUUUAGGGCUAAGUGCUAACUAUCGUAUGCUAGGCAUUGAAAUAUUUUGUACUAAAUCACUUUCCCCAGAUCCACAUGCUCUGCAAAGAUAGAAAAGGAUGUAAAUGGAUUUGAUGAGUGAAAGAAUGUUGGUUACUGUGACAUGUUAAAAUGUGAUACACAGAUUGCCCUGAAAAUGUCAUGCUGCAGUUAACAGUGUACAACAUAUGUAGCCGAGUUUGUAUGAACAUGCCAGCAAACUCUUUUUUUUUUCUUUCUAAAUAAACAGCAUUCCUGCAGAACCGGGGAUACCGUACGGAAGGUGGUAAUUAAAACUUACUAGGUGUUGUAUUA